AUGAAUUUCUCAGUCGAUGGCAACGUCACACACGUCUCUCUCAACGUCAGAGACACGUUUGUCACGGCUUUGACAAAGAACAUUAUUGUGGUGGCGCUGUGGAUCUCCAUCAACUACAUCAAUGGCACAUUUGUCCACACCUUCUUGAAACACGAGACCUUCAAUGUCAACCCUCGCUACAUCCUCUUCAUCCACCUGGUGAUCAAUGACAUGAUCCAAUUGACCAUUGCUGUCUUCCUGCAUGUCAUAAGCUACAUCCUGUUCACAAUCAAUGUGUCUUUUUGCUGCUUUCUUUUGAUGAUCGCCAUUUUUACCACUUUGAAUACUCCUGUGAACCUGGCUACCAUGGCCUUAGAGCGCUAUAUAGCUAUAUGUAUACCGCUGCGCCAUUCUCAGAUAUGUACAGUGCGCAGGACCUACAUUCUCAUUGGCAUCAUUUGGAUCAUGGCCACCAUUCCAAUUUUACCUGACCUUUUCAUUCUCUUGGCCACAGAACCACUUCAGUUCUUCCACUCCAAAAUAUUCUGUAGCCGAGACUCACUUUUCCGCAACCCGUACCUGAUAGAGAAGAAAAACAUUUCCCACGCUGUGUAUCUGACUGUUGUUUGGUUCACUCUUUUCUAUACGUAUUUCAGGAUCAUGUUCACUGCCAAGGCGGCUAAUGCGGAUGCCAAGAAGGCUCGCAACACCAUCUUGCUUCAUGCUGUACAGUUGUUAAUGUGCAUGUUCACCUACAUAGGCCCUUUGAUUGACAGCCUGAUGCUAUAUAUAUUUUCCACACAUGCGCUGGAGAUCCGUUUUACUAGCUAUGUAAUUGUUCAUAUUUUGCCCAGGCUUAUUAGUCCAAUAGUUUAUGGGCUUAGAGAUCAGACCUUUUGUAAGUAUCUGAAGAGGUACCUGAUGUGUCGGGUGAAAGAGCACUUAUCCUCAAAAUGUGUCCCUUUCAAACACCACCAGCCAAGGGUAAAGGUCUUUAUAGAUCACAUAGCUGGAUAA